UUUAGAGGGAGCCUGGUCCCGACUUUCCUCGAUAUUCCCUCUGCACUUCUAUUCCUCUUUUCGCCGCUUUCAACGACGACGGCGCCGACGUCAGCGACGACGAGCAGAGCGUUGCCAAAUCAGGAAGUCGUCUUAUCCACGCGUUGAUUCCGAGAAUCCGAAGCGCCUCACUGCCCGCCAUCAUCAUGCCCGACGAGCUCGAGGAAUAUCUCGCCGUCCUCAAAGCGACAUACGACUACGAUGCGACGGAACCCGACGAGUGCACCAUCAAGGAGAACCAGCUCCUCCUGCUCCUCCAGCGCGUCGAUGACGACUGGUGGAAGAUCAAGGUGAAGGGCGAGUCUGCGGACGACGAUGAGACCCCGAGCGGCAUGGUGCCCGCCGCGUACGUCGAGCCGGCCGACCGCACGUCAGUAGUCAAGGCGCUUUACGACUACGAAGCGAGUGCGCCAGGGGAGCUCUCAAUCAAGGAGGAUGAAAUCCUUGACGUGUUCUCGACGGCGGACGACUGGCUCCUCGCCCAGACGAGACGAGAUGGCGGAAAGGCCGGAUAUAUUCCCGCGAACUACGUUGAAGCUGCGAGUGACGAUGCCGAAGCUGAAGCCGAGCCCGUGGCUACUCCCCCUCCCCCGGCCCCGGCGCCUGCCAUCAUCGUACCCGAUUCACCGCCCAAGCCCGCGUAUGUGGACCCUGAAGAGCGUGUCGCGUCCACCAAGGCAGAGUCGGCCGCCAAAGCAGACGCUAUCAAGACAUGGGCCAUCUCUGAAGUCGACUCUAAGAACAAGAAGAAGAAGGGCACGCUUGGAGUCGGCAACGGUGCCGUGUUCUUUGCCAGCGAAUCCGACAAGACCCCAGUCAAGAAGUGGCCAACCUCUCACAUCACGCACAUAUCCACAGAAAAGUCCAAGCACAUACACCUUGACAUCGCCGGCGACGAGCCAGUCAGCCUUCACUUCCAUGCCGGCUCUAAGGAUACUGCCGAUGAGAUCAUCGACAAGCUCGAGACGUCCCGUGCUAUUGCUACGGAAGCCGAAGCCGGUGGCAAAGAGGAGGAAGAGGCAGAGGAAGAAGCACCAAAGCCAACGCGCGCGGUUCCCCCAGCUUCCCUCGGACUCGGUGGCUCUUCUGGCAACAGGAAGCCCUCGGUCCACUUCUCACCUUUGUCGCCUCAGGUCAUUCCCCCACGAGAAGAGGCAUCCGACGACGAAGACGAGGACGGUCACGUCAAUGGCGCUGGCGGAGAGCCCGCUACUGCCUUGUAUGACUUCGAGGCAGACGGAGAGGACGAACUGUCUGUCGCUGCUGGCGAGAAGCUGACAAUCAUUGAGAAGGAUGGCGAUGAGUGGUGGAAGUGCCGUAACGCCAAGGGAGCUGAGGGUGUCGUGCCCGCUAGCUACCUCGAGGUCGCUACUGGGUCUGCUGCCCUCUCAGGCUCCGCCGUCGAGGACGAUGACGAGGAGGAGGAGGAGACCUCCGCCAAGGACGCCGCUGCAGAGCAGGCAGAGAAGGACCGGAUAAGGGAGAAAGAGAGGCAGCUCGAGGAGCGAGAGCGUGAGCUCAAGCGGAAGGAGGAAGCACAGCGGCGGGCAGAACAAGCGGCGCAGAAGGCCGAGGAGGAGAGGCGAAAGCGUCAUGAAGCGCGCGAUGCGCACAAGAAGACACAACCCGAUAGUAAUGAACGUGUUCCGAGACCCUCUUCUGCUGCCGCUCGCCCAUCUGCUGAGCGUGAACGCCCACCGCCGGAUCAGACCAGAAUAUGGCACGAUCGCACUGGCCAAUUCCGCGUCGAGGCUGCUUUCCUGGGUGUCAACAAUGGCAAAUUCCGCUUGCACAAAGUCAACGGUGUUAUCGUUGAGGUCCCCCAGGAGAAGAUGAGCGCCGAGGACGUGCGCUACGUCGAGAAGCUCACGCGCGGGAACAACCGCAAGUCGCGCGGCCCGCCAGGACCCAACGACGAUGACGACGUCCCGCUCGCGAUGACGGCUCCUAAGCGUGCAUCGGUCCCGCCACCUCAGCAGCCUAAGAAGCCCCGCGUCGACUGGUUCGAAUUCUUCCUCAGCGCAGGGUGCGACAUCGAUGACUGCACUCGCUACGCCGCGUCGUUCGAGCGUGACAAGAUCGACGAGGCAAUCCUGCCAGACAUCACGGAGAGCACGAUGCGUUCGCUGGGCUUGCGCGAGGGCGAUAUCAUCCGCGUCAAGAAGCUUAUUGACCAGCGCAAGCCGAAGGUCGAGAAGCCCAGUGCAGCCUUGGAGGAGCAGAUGCGCAAGGACGAGGAGCUCGCGCGUAGGCUGCAGGAGGAAGAGCAGCAGGGCCGCAAGCCGGCGCCCAACCUGUUCAGUGGACCGGGAGGCGCGCUGAAGAACCCCGCGAAGCCACCGCGUCGUGGUCGCCCCGAGCCCAGCAAGACGUUGCCGCCGACGUUUGUGGGUGCGGAUGGGAUCGCGGCCGCUUCGGCGCGCGUUGGCAGCCCAGCGCAGACUACGUCGCCCGUGUCGGCGCCGCCGAGGACGAGCUCCGCCGGAGCAAGUGCUGCUCCAGCGACUCAGCCCAGCGGCUUCGACGACGAUGCCUGGACUGUCAGGCCAAGCUCUACCGUGGCGGAUAGGACGCCCUCUGCACCUCCGACAUCGACGCCCGCUACCGCCCCGCCUCCGGCACCAGCACCACCUCCGGUCCCAGCGCCACCUGUCGCUGCGCCCGCCCCUGCACCUGCACAGCCUGCUGCCAACCUGGCGAACAAGACCGAGUCCGAUAUCUUCGACCAGUUGGCGCGCCUCAGCGAGCUGCGGAAGACGCAGAGCCCGGCUGCUGCGACGCCUCCACCAGCCGUUGCUCCUACGCCGCCCAUCGCAGCGCAGCCUACCGGCUACCAACAGGGAAUGGGCAUGGGUUCCUCGCCAUCGCCCAUUGGUCAACUGCAACCUCAGAACACCGCCGUCCCCUACAACGGCCCACGUGGUCCCUUCGCCCCCGUACCCGCCAAUCAAGGCCUCUUGCAGCCUCUCAUUCCAACGCAGACCGGGUACAACAGCUUCGUCCCAACGCGGCCGACGUCCGCGCUGCAAGGUUCGCCGUUCGCGGGCGGUGUGCCAGCGUCGCAGUUCCUCGCGAGCCAACCGACGGGCUUCCAACCCAUGCAGCCGCAGCCAACAGGAUUCCAGCCAAUGCAGAGCCAGCCUACAGGCUUCCCGGGGAUGCAGAGCCAGCCAACUGGAUUCCCGGGGUUACAACCCCAGGCGACGGGCUUCCCUGGAAUGCAGCAGCAGCAACCGAUGAUGGCGCAGCCGACGGGGAUGCCGAUGGGUGGGAGUCCCUUCCAGGGCGGUGGCUUCGGUGGUGGUGUGCAAACGAAUCCGACUGGCUUCAAUCCCGGCAUGAGCAUGGGCAACUUCAACAACGGGAUGGCCUCCCCACCACCACUGCCGCAGCAGCAGUCGCCGCAGAAGGACACCUCGCCGGCCAACAUUUUCGCGCAGAUGAAGUCGGGUACCUUCGCCAGCGAGAAUGCGCCGCAGGACGCGAGCAAGUACGAUGCGCUGCGGCCACAACAACCGAUGAUGGCUCAGCCCACUGGCUGGGUAGGCGGAGGCUUCCAAGGCGGAUAUGGCAUGGGAUACCAGCGAUGAUAGUUAGAUAUAACGACGUAUAUAUAUUCAAUAUCUUUCCAACACUCCCUUCGACCUCUCUGAUACCUCGCCCUAUAGCCUACGGACGCCCUUCCUUAUAUCUUGAAUAAAUUUCCUCUUGUUCAGUACGAUAGCGUAGUGGUGGGGGUUGUGCGCC